AUGUCCAACACUUGCAGUGGAGAGGAUGCUUUACUGUCGGUUAAUCAGUUCUGGUCAAUGCUGGAUGAUCUUUCUCAAAAUGACCCUGCAUCUUACCGCAAGUUUAUAGAGAAAAACGUGAAGGAAGGAGCUGCAUUCAGCGCACCGCCUGAGCUCGACUCUUGUUUGCACACGGACAUAGAGGGGCCCAAGAAAGGGUCGUUGUAUAUCAACAUAUGCAGCUGGAAACGUGUGCCUGCUCCUCAGGAUCCCAGCAGGCCUGUACCUGUGUGCUCAGGAAAAUUGGAAACACACACAAAUGAAGGUUGUGACACCGUGUUGGAUGUGAUGUUUAACCCUGCAGUGCUACAGGAAAGUCAUAAAGACAAAGCAGAAAUCUAUUUGCUUGCCUUGAGCUUUGCGGAGCAGCACCAUGGGUUGAAAUUAUCUCGGCAAUAUGAAGUCGUCAGCUGUAGCCCAAAAAGUAGCCCAAAUGACUUGCACCGCCGACUCGGGUUUAGCCAGUGGCCUAACAACUCCAAACAACAAGACACAGCUACUCAGACCCCAGCUGCCCUUUUGCAGCAGAUCUCCUCUCUACGCUCAGAGACACAAGACCAGCAGCCAGUGGCCCAAAUUAUCCCCAAAGCUGCAGAGCACAAAAGGAAGGAUUUGAUCCAGGUCAUCUCCUCCACAUUUGUGCAGCCUCAGAAGCCAGACUACCAACUCGAGGUGAAGAAUGAUACAGCGGGAGUUCCUCGCAGCGUGGAAUUGACAGUGGAGCUGCCAAAGGUUUCCUCCAUGUCAGAAUGCCAGCUGAGUAUCUCGAAGGACGACGUCUUACUGGAAGUGGAGGAUGUCUACUAUUUACACGUGGAUUUCCCAAAAAUUGUAAAUGAAGACACAGCGUCCGCCAUCUUUGACAAGAAGAAAAGAAGGCUUACUAUGAGAGUAGAUGCUUUAGAACCCUAAUUGAGAAACAUAUUUACAUGAUUUAGACCUCUUGGAAACAGGCUGAUAAAGAUUUCUGAUGAUGAAGGUACCUCAAGAGUCCUUGCUAUGCAAUUUAAAAUGCCUUGUGAAAAGAUUUAAGUAUGAAGAGACCAUGCUUACCCUCUUCAGGUAACAAACAAACCUUUUAAGGCAUUCUGUAAGCUGAUCCUUCCCCGUAACCAAAAUGCAGUUUUUUUAAAUAAAUGAAUGUUUCACUGUGCUCAUUUAUGCUGUGUGGGUUGAUGUGCAGCGGCAAAUGUAAUUCCUUACCCUAAAAACAUUAAUUGAGUUUAACGACAAUCAGCAGCGUUUGUUUACUUUUGUGUGGGUGUAGGAGUGGAGGAGCAUAAUAGC